CGAGGUGCCGGCCUGGGACCGGACGCCGAUCGGCGCGCAGGCUCAGGUUGCUGCCGCUUGGAACUUGCGGAGCGCUUCUGUGUCCACGGCCUCGGCCUCUGGAUCGGGUCCGUCCGGCCGCGUGCGACAAACUCGAGUGGAAGCAGGCGGAGGUGCGGCGCGGCCCAGGGCCGCAGCCUUCGCAGGCGUCCGCCGCCAGCCGAGCCUUCGCAGAGUUACUCCAUGCAUCCGGAGCCUGCCCCGCCCCCGAGCAGCAGCAAUCCCGAGCUUCCCUUGAGCGGCGGCAGCAGCACCAGCGGCAGCCGCCGGAGUCGCCGCCGCAGCGGGGACGGGGAGCCCUCGGGGGCCCCACCGCUGCCGCCACCGCCCGCCGUCAGCUACCCGGACUGGAUCGGCCAGAGUUACUCCGAGGUGAUGAGCCUCAACGAGCACUCGAUGCAGGCGCUGUCCUGGCGCAAGCUCUACUUAAGCCGCGCCAAGCUCAAAGCGUCCAGCCGGACCUCCGCUCUUCUCUCCGGCUUCGCCAUGGUGGCGAUGGUAGAAGUCCAGCUGGAUACAGACCAUGACUAUCCCCCGGGGUUGCUCAUUGUCUUCAGUGCCUGUACCACGGUGCUGGUGGCCGUGCAUCUGUUCGCACUCAUGAUCAGCACCUGUAUCCUCCCCAACAUUGAGGCUGUGAGCAACGUCCACAACCUCAACUCGGUCAAAGAGUCGCCGCACGAGCGCAUGCACCGCCACAUCGAGCUGGCCUGGGCCUUCUCCACUGUCAUCGGGACGCUGCUCUUCCUGGCUGAGGUGGUGCUGCUCUGCUGGGUCAAAUUCUUACCCCUCAAAAGACACUCAGGCCAACCGAGCCCGACCAAGCCCCCUCCCGAGUCAGCAGCCGUCGCCAACAGCAGUGGCAUCACCCCGGGGGAGGCGGCAGCCAUAGCCUCCACUGCCAUCAUGGUCCCCUGUGGCCUGGUUUUCAUCGUCUUUGCCGUUCACUUCUACCGCUCACUGGUCAGCCAUAAGACAGACCGGCAGUUCCAGGAGCUCAACGAGCUAGCAGAGUUUGCCCGCUUGCAGGACCAGCUGGACCACAGAGGGGACCACUCUUUAACACCCGGCACCCAUUACGCCUGAGUCUUUGCCUUCCCACUGGCCCUGGGGAACUUUCAAGCUUUUGCCUUAACGCCCUUCCCAUGACCUUGUCCUGGCCGGAUCUAGAGGACAGCCUCUGCAGGCGGCUGGGCUUCGCAGCAGAGUGUGGAGGGAAAGAGGCUUUAAAAAAAAAUCACUGCACUUUGAGACUUUCUUCUGUGAGAAUAAGCACUCCCUGUUCUUCCAGCUCUGGGUCCCCCUCCUGGUAGGAUGUGGGGGUGGUGUGGGACAGAUGCUCUUUGUCCAAUUGCCCCCCCCCCCCCCCCCCCCCCGCACCAGUGCCACCCGGAUGCUUCCUGUCCUCCUCAGCCUCCUUCCCAGUUCGUGUGAAUGUGUGUGUGUGCGCGUGUUUGUGUGUGUGUGCACGCGCGUGUUUGUGUGUGUGUGCACGCGCGUGCUCGUGGGCGUGUCACAUAAAAUAUACACACAAGGGACACCUCGUGUCUGCGUUUCUUGGGUCUAGACUGUGUGAUAGAAUGCCCUAGUCAAUUGAUCUUUUUGAAAAUUGAGGAAAGGGGCUCAGGGACAGAACACUGGCUUCAUGGGGCCAAAGCCUUGGCCUCGGACCACCAACCUCUACAACAAUUGUGUUGCUGGGCAUGGAACUCAGGACUUGACCCGGCACUCUUCCACUGAGCUAUACUCCAAGACAUGUAACUUUGCUUGGAUAAAAGACGCCUUUGCGGGGUGGUGGUGACAACACACACCUUUACUCCCAGCACUUGGGAGCAGAGGCAGGCGGAUCUUAACAGCACUUGACUGCGCUUCCAGAAGACCCAGGUUUGAUGCCUGAUAUCCGUGUUGUAACUCACAACCAUCUGUAACUUCCGAACAGGAGAUUCAACAGCCUCUUCUGGCCUUUAUGGGGACUAGGCACACAUGUGUUCAUAGGCAUGCAGGCAAGGCAAAAAACACACACAUUGAAGAAUUUUAAGAGUCCUGGGUGAUGGUGAUGCAUGCCUUUAAUCCCAGUGCUCUGGAGGAAGAGGCAGAGGAAUCUCUUAAGUUUGAGGCCAGCUUGGUCUACAGAGCAAGUUCUAUGACAGCCAGGGCCAGACAGAGAAACUGUCUUAAAAAAACAACAAAAAAUAAAAGACUCAAGGCCAGAGAGAUGGCUCAGUGGUUAAAAGUACUUGCUGCUCUUCCAGAAAACCAAAGUUCAGUCUUCCAGCACCCACAUAGGACAGCUCACAACUGCCUGUAACUUCAGCUUCAAGGGAUCUGAUCCCCUUUUCUGGCCUCACUGGGCACCAGCAUACAUAUGAUGCAUGCUCACAUAGAUACACAGCUAUUCUUAUUAGCUUAAAUAUGACCUAAAAACAAAGCUAUUUCUUUACAUAGCCACAACUCAUUGAUCAAAUUAAAAAAAACAAAAUGAACAAAACUUGAGAACAGGAUUUUAAGUAGCCAAGGCUGGCCUUGAACUUGUGGUCUUUCAGGAACAUCCACUGUCCAGGUGCUGGAAUUAACAGUAUUGUGCACCACACAUCCACUUAACAGGAUGCGGUCAAACCUAGGACUUCUAUGUUAGGCGAGUGUUUUGCUUUGUCUAAAUCCUCGGUACAGAUACAGGAGAUUGGAUUUUGGGUUCACUGCAGUCACUUCCAGAUACUCAAGUUUAGGACCACCCUUUACAGCAGUCCAUUUCUCCACCCCAUGUAUACUAGAGUUGUCGCUUAAUGUCUACCUUAGUGUGGAACAGUUGCCUGGCUUCUGCCUUUUCCAGACCGGACCUUUGGGGGUUUUAUUAAGAUGGCUUCAUGUAGCUCAGGCUCGCCACGAACUUGCUAUGAACAGCUGAUACUCCUCUGUCUCCCAUGUUCUGGGAUGACAGGUGUACCACCAUACCAGGUGGCUUGCAGAGCUGGGAACAGACAAACCCAGAGCCUCCUGAAUGCUAAACAGGCUCUCUAGGGACUGAGCGACAUCCCAGGACAGGCUCCAAAGCUACACAGAGAAACCUGUCUCAAAAAGCAAAACAAAACAAAAAUUUUUUUAAUGUUCA